UACCUUCAAAUUAUAUUAUAAAUAUAGAUAUUACUGAAACAGUGUAUGGUGCACAAAUAGUAGUACAAAAAAGAAUAAUUAAAAUAUUAAAACUAUUGAAUGAGUGGUGUUUCUGUUUGACAACUUGCCACAGAGUUGGGGUGACGCCCAAACUUAAUCAGCAAACAACAUUAAUUAAUGCACAAAACAAUUUAAUGCAGUGAUUCUAAUUUAUUUGCAGUCACACAUUUUCUACAUAAAAGUUAUUUAUUUAAACGAAAAACAAACGAAUAGAAUUGCAGCUACAUUGCUAAGGCUUCAACAUGAAUUAUGGCCGUAAGACACCGUCCACGUAUCGCUCCAACCAUUCGGUGUACUCCCACACCACUGGCAGAUCCUCGACAAAUUUACAUUCGAUAAAAUCGCGGUCAAUGCGCUCGGUGCGCGUGCCGUGGUAUCAGCGACCUAUUUUGAAGAACAACCAAUACAUAGAUAUACAGAAGAAUUCAAUGCUAAUUGGAAUAUUCGCCAUUUUUCUUGCACUCUUCACCAUUGGCACUGCAAUUUUCGAUAUCUACUGCUUAGCUAUGGCUGCACCUGGCUCAACUCACUAUGGUUACUAUAUAAUCUCGUAUGAAUUUGUUUAUGUCGGUAACAAACAUGUGCGCAACAUGCUUAUUGUGUUUGCCUUAUUUUCUCUGAUACUGGGAAUAGUUAUAUUAUUUACAAGUAUUUUGCUUGUAAUUGCACUUAGAAAGGAGUACGAGCGCAAAAUUCUGCCUUGGUUGAACACAUUUGCUGUGUUUACCAUCUGGCGCUCACUAGCUUUGAUAUUCUUCGCAAUAGUUAACGAUUUAAUCUUCGCUUACAAUAUUCUUAUGGUAUUGCUAUGGAGUAUCGCUUUAGUCGUUUGCAUCUAUGGCUGGUGCGUGGUGUACUCGUUAUUCCUCGAGUUGACCAACUUGACGAAAUUGGAGGAUUUGGCACAUUUACGCAUGGGCACGAUGGCUUCUUUGCAUGCAUCAGCUGCCAAUUCCUUGGCUGGUUCCCGUCCAACUACACCGCACAGCACCGUAUCUACUAUGCCUGUGGGUUAAACUACACUUAACAAAGCAUUUAGCAACGAAAAUAUUUUAUCUACUUUUCCACAACGCAUCAUGACUAUAUCAGUGCAAAUGUAUACCGUCCAAAAUUCUUAGAUUUACAUUUAUAAAUAUAUUUUUUACACAACAUGUAAGACACGAAUCUCAGCAUUCCACAUGUAUUCAUUUUUUUUUUUAAAUAUAUACAUAUAUUAAAGUAUAAGCUAGAAGCUCGAAAUAUAAUAGCAUAAGUGGAUUAAUAACUUGUAAUUUAAAAACAGUGCCUUAGAACUUCUACAUAUCUGUUAUGUACAAUUUAUACAAGAAAAAAACUUUUUUACAAUUGAAAAAUCAUAAUUUGUAUGCAAAUGUAUUUAAUGUUACACUUUAAUUGUUAAACGAUUUUUCUACCAAUUAAUAAGCAAAAGAAAGCAUCAUUCCACAGAUUUGUAAAACUGGCAAAAGUAUUUAUGAAAUAUGAGCACAUUUAACCGUCCGAUUCGCAUUUUAUUGUGUCAAUUUUUUAAUAAAUUUGUAAAAUUUAAUAAAGCUUAAUUUUUAUUUACUAUAUUUAGUACUAAUUGAACUGCAAUCCAGUGUUUGUGACAAACUUCCAAUAAGAAGUGUACCUUUUAAUCUGGGAAUUGUAUGAAAAUAUUUGUAAACAAUAACAAAAGUCAUUGUCAAUAUCAGCUGAUUAGCUGUCAUUCAUUCACUUUUAAAUAAAUACAAAAAAUAUAUAUAUGUAUAUUUGAAGGUAUACCAACGAAAAUUGCAAAAACUUAAAAAACACAAAUCAUUAUAAGUUGCGACCUCAAGAUUAUAAUAAAAGAACUUACCGCAUAAUUCUAUAUAGAUGUUCAAAAAUUAAAAUGCCGCUAACAUAUUUUGGAGAAGCGCAAGAAGUUGAAAAAAGACUGGACGUUUGCUGGCCCAUCUCGUUCACAUAACCAGAACGGAAGAGAAUUUAUAUUCGAACAACGAAUUACUUUAGGAAUAAGACGUUAAUUUCGUUUCAUGAAAACUUCCAUACAAGAACUUGAUUUUCAUCGGCUUGUUCGAAGAUUGUACCGUAGUUUUGAACAAUAAUGCUAUCACAUUUCGUGAAGAUACCACGUCAAAUAAAAACCUUUUCCAAGGACUUGAUUUAAAUCGAUCAGUUUGUAUGGCAACUAUAUGCUGUAGUGGUCAAAUGAGCCGCGUUCAUGGAGAAAGGAACGUGAGAAAAUUUUCAGAUCAAUAUCUCAAACUGCGGCCAAGCAGACGGACUUGGCGAAAUCGACUCAGCUCAUAACGCUGAUCCUAUAUAUACAUAAGUAUUUUAUAGUCUCCGAAUUUCCUUCUGAGUUUUACAAACUUCGUAGCUAACUUAAUAUACACCGUUCUGAGUAUAAAAAUUUCUGCUAACAUUAUAAUAAAUUUUCAAAACUCACUCAUAACAAUCGUUAAUCCUACACAUAAAAAGCACUUUUAACGAUAAUUGAUUUUUUAUUAGAAUUUAAUAUGGUUUCACACUAAAUAUAAACAAAUUGUACGAAUUGCUGUGGACUAUAACAAGUAUUUAUGGAAUUGUGUACUUUUUCAUAAGUAAAUUAAAGAAAAUAAAUUCCUACAUUAAAUUAAACGUGA